CUGAUGAAGAUGUUGCGGCCCCCAGUAAUGUUAGUGUAAAUUAUCAUUCAAAUGUGAUCCCAUAUUUGGAUAAUACAGAAGAAGUAGAACCGGAAGAUUUUGCAUACAUGAGAGAUAACGGGUCUGUUCGAGCUGCACUUUGGAAUUCCAGUAAUCCUAAAGUUAUCAAAUCAGGUAUGUUAUUUCACAACAAGAAGCAAAUGAAAGGUGCGGUGAGACUCUAUAAUAUAGCCCACAAAAAAGAAUAUAAAACAGAUCAAGCCAAAGGUACAUUUUGGAAGGUUAUUUGCAAGCGGCAUGAGGAAGGUUGUAGUUGGAUGAUCCGUUUUUCGUUGAUCGGAAGUGGUAUGUGGAAAGCAGGAAAAAUGAUUGAGCCACAUAAUUGUGAUACGGAUGAUUAUACAGAGGAUCAUUUCAAUUUGAAUAGCAACAUCAUUGCUACUUCGUUGAUACCAUAUGUUAUGAUCAAUGCACAAAUCAGUAUUAAGUUUGUUCAGGAAACUAUAAAAGGCAUUCAUCACUAUACUCCUAGUUAUAGAAAAGCGCAAAAAGGCGUAAGAAAGCUUUUGAGAUGGUGUAUGGUGAUUUCGAAGGUUCUUUUAGGGCAUUGCCUCGAUACAUGGCUGCCCUAGAACAUUUCAAUCC